GUUAUGACCUUGUUGUAGCGGACGGGACGCAAUGGUGCACACAUGUGCGCCGUUUCCUUGGCAACAACAUUACGUUCGCUAUUUACCGUCCACGUUAGCGAUUUAUUCAACAACAUGGACAUCCAGGAACGAAAUAUUGGGGGCUGUGAGGACAACAUCGUAGAAAUGAUUGAUAUGGACGAAGAGAACUUGGCUCUUUCCAGUUCCUCAGCCGCAGACACUGCUUUUGAUGCUGUUAUUGGCUGCAUAGAGGACAUCAUCAUGGAGGAGGAGUUCCAGCAGCUUCAGCAGAGCUUCAUGGAGAAGCAUUACCUGGAAUUUGAGGACUCUGACGAAAACAAGCUCAGCUACACGCCAAUCUUCAAUGAAUAUGUUGACCUGCUGGAGAAACACCUGGAGCAGCAGCUGACCGAGAGGAUCCCUGGCUUCAACAUGAACACUUUCACAGAGCUUCUCAUGCAACACAAAGAGGAGGUGUCGGGUGACAUCUUUGACAUGCUGCUUACAUUCACUGAUUUCAUGGCCUUCAAGGAGAUGUUUCUGGAUUACAGAAAUGAGAAGGAGGGCCGAGGUGUGGACCUCAGUCAAGGUUUGGUGGUCACGUCUCUGAUCCCUGCAGGCUCAGAACACACCGACUCCACUGGUCCGCUGUGAAACGCUCACAUACUGUGUACAACGCUUGAGUUGCCUCCUCCUCCACUUAUUUUUGUGAAACUUUGUCCCUGGGCCUUCAGAUAGUUGUCAGUGGUUUUUGUCAGUUUGUACUCCAAUGUUAAGCUGCUGGAUACACUCCCCAUGGAACUACAGUAUGUGCACAAAUGGCCUCUACUAGCAAGUUCAUAUAUGCAUUCCUCUGUGUUUUAUGUGGGGGGUGGGAUGUUGUGUGCACUCAAGAGCCUCUUUGUAGUUAAAUAGUGAAGACAGAAGGUGUUGGCGUCUUUCUACUCCAUGACCACUGCAGUGGAUUUAUGACUACUUGAGAUAUUCUGAUUUGUUCAGCUGGAGUUUGCUGUCUAGUCCCGAUUUCUAACAGUGGUUUUGUGUUUUCAUAAGUUCUGCCUGGUUAGGGAGGAGAUACUCAAAGCUCUGGUGCUGGGGUUACAGAUAUGUUUGUGGUCUUCAGGUCAUCUUUCUGGUUCUUAUGUGAAAGGCGUCCUCAAAACUGAAGCAGGGGAAUCCAUUUGUCACGAUCGAAUGUUUGAAUCUGCCCUCUUUGCCUGUUAGAAUAUAGCAGAACUAAUGUAAGUUUUAUGAAGUUUUAAAUUAUUUGGUCAGUUUGAAAACUCAAUGUGUUGAGUUUUGUGCCUGUGAAAGUGAUUUUUAAUGUAUAUAGUGAAUGUGUAUGAAUGAUGGUGCGUGUGUCUGCAUUUAGAAGUAAGAUCGACAGUAUAGUUUUUCGCUACAACAUCAAAGUGUUUUCUACUUGUCUUAACAUGACAGAUGCAAAUGUCAGAGUAUAUUUAUGUUUACUGUUGAUUUGUUGGUAAAAAAAAAAAGAAAAGGUAUUUUCAAAUAAAAAGGUAAAAAGCCUA